UAGCCUUCGAGCCGGCCGAGCUGCAGCAUUCGGCCAGUUCGGCGUGCUUAAAAUUGUGUUGUCAUUGCGUACUUGGUAGACAGCGGGAUUCGUUGCUGCUUUAGUUUAAAUCAUGGGCACUGCACGAUAUGACCGGGCAAUCACUGUAUUUUCCCCAGAUGGUCAUCUUUUUCAAGUCGAGUACGCUCAAGAAGCCGUAAAAAAGGGGUCUACAGCGGUUGGCAUCAAAGGUGCAAAUAUAGUUGUCCUCGCCGUGGAAAAGAAAUCUGUGGCCAAAUUACAGGAGGAACGGACAGUGCGGAAGAUCUGUCUUCUCGAUGACCAUGUUGUCAUGGCCUUUGCAGGUCUUACCGCCGAUGCAAGAAUACUGAUUGACCGAGCUAGGGUGGAAUGUCAAAGCCACAAACUCACUGUAGAAGACCCCGUCACGCUGGAGUACAUCACUCGCUACAUCGCCCAGUUGAAACAGAGGUACACACAGAGUAAUGGCCGACGACCGUUUGGGAUCUCUGCUCUUAUUGCUGGGUUUGACUUCGAUGGCACACCUAGGCUCUUUCAGACUGAUCCAUCUGGUGUUUACCAUGAGUGGAAGGCAAAUGCCACCGGAAGGAGUGCCAAGACAGUACGUGAGUACCUUGAGAAGAACUAUUCUGCAGAUAAGAUGGAGUCCGACGAAGGUGCAGUGAAGCUAGCAAUACGUGCUCUACUGGAGGUUAUCCAAGGCCACAACCUGGAAGUGGCAGUGAUGGAGCGUGGGAAGCCAUUGAAGAUGCUGGAAGCAAAGGAGAUUGAAAAGUAUGUUGAAGAAAUUGAGAAGGAAAAAGAAGAUGAAGCUGAGAAAAAGAAACAGAAGAAGUAGCAGCUGAUUCCUCUGAGAGUGUAACCAACAAUGUUUUAUCAGUAAAUCUGAAUUCAUCAUUGUA